CAAGAUAAAUCAUAACAUUCGAUUCAUUUUGAUUUUGUUUGAUAAGUAAUUUGAACGAAUUUUCAGAUCGUACAUUGUUCUCACUUCGCCGCGUCGUUAGGCAACGUUGCAUGGAAAAACGCCUAAAUCUCAACUAAUAACGGACGGUUACAAAUGAAGCAUAAAACAAUUUCCAUCAGCGCUCUUGGUAAAGCAUACAAUCAGGAUGAAAUACGUACAACCAAAAACCCGGUACAAUACGCCUAGUGGGAACCUUCGCGUAGAUAACUCUCUACAAAUAUACUGACCUACAAAUACAAGGAUCUUCGCUUAUUUCGUAGUAUAUAGUUUAGUUUUGACGUACGCAAUAAUACUCUCGGUAAGGAGACAUGUAAACACGCACCAAUCUUCGCCAAACUAGUCGAUUUCACGCCCUAAUUGUUCGAAAUAAAACAGGGAAAAUUGGAAAACGAUGGAUAACAUUUGCAUGGAAACCGAAGAUGCACGUUAUAGCCACUUGGAGCCACUCCUUUUCGAGGAUCCUGUAGAUGAAAUAGCUGCAAUAGAGUCACAGCAUCCAACUCAUCACAACGAUCACAACCAACCCCAACCAGAAAACUUUGAAAUUAACAAAAUAAGUGAUACAACCCUACAAGAAUAUCGCUCCCUACUAUCCUGGCUGCGGGAGGUGUUUGAAACAAAGCUGAGAUUAAAACUGAAAAAGUUGACAGAAUUCGCGGCCUGCGUUCUUUGCCAGAAACCCAUAAACGACGUGUUCGAUAUGGUCUUUGUCGAACAGUAUCACUUGAUAUGUUUGCUGGGACAGCGCUACGAACAAGUCCUGGGCGCAGAAACUACUUCGGACAUUCAGCUGUUUAAAAUCAACCUGUUCCAUUCAUUCAAAACCUCCAGCAAUCAAAGAACACUCAUCGAAACCUGCCCACUCUUACAACGUUUUCUUGGAUAUUUGAAGUCGGAAAUUACGACCGACCCCAGUAUCAGCAGUGUACCGGAAGGUCUACAAAAUAUUGCUGGAAAUACCAAAAGUACGGCAAGAGUUAUUCGACUGUUCAAGUGUCGCUUUUGCGAUGAAAGUUUCGACCAAGAAUAUCUCGUGCUGCGCCAUGAAAUAAGCCAUCCAGAAGUAAUCACUGGAAAGAAAUGUUUUCUUUCAAUUCGUAAGGAUAAGCAAAUGUGUCCUUACUGCCGGAAAAAGUACGAUCAGUUGGAGAAUAUUAGAAACCAUGAAGACGCCCACGAAAGGGCUCUUAAGUUCCACUGGACAAACCUUAGACCGAGGACAUAUCAAUGUCAUACAUUGCGUGCGAGACGAAGAGAGAGGCUGAAAUGUGAACCAGAUUGCGAGCCGUCGUUUUCUGUAAGGUCUUACACUAAUCGGAAGAAACUAAUCGCCAGGGAGCCGGAGAGAGUUGGGUAAAAUGAUGAUUAUUUAUUAUAAGCUAGAACUCUAGUUUAAGGCCCCAAAAGUGUCUUCCACAUUGAAAUUCAGCAUCAUUAAUGUUCUCAGAUGUAAGUGAUGUCUGGAGAAAAUACUAACUAAUAAAACCGUAACCACGGAUGAAAUCCCAAAAAAAUUGUGAAAAAUAACCUGUGUUUAGCUUGACGUGAGCUAAAACCGUCUAUUUUUUGUACUUACAAAUAGAGUCCAAUAAUUGCUGUUUUGAGUAAUUUUCACAACAAUAAAAGUUUAUUUGAUUUGUUGAA